AUGUCAGCCGCCCAUUACCAUUGCGCGGCAUGGCUGUCGGCCGAUGACGACGACAGCAGCAACAACGCCGACGACCACGAACCACACCGUUUCCACGAUUCCUGGCUGCCGGCGGCGGCGGCCGGACCCGUGUUCUUGAUCCAGCUGUUCGCCCGGAUCAUCCCGCAGGACCUCGACCCGGGUCAAGACGAAUCCGAAAUCCCCACAAUCCACAAGCACUUCCGGGUCCCCAGGGACCACCUGCUCUGCGAUCCGACCUCCUGGUCGACGAUAGUCGCCCGGCUGCUGGAGAUGGAAAUCCCCGCCGAGGCCCACCCGAUCGCCAUCGCCAGGAUCCACGAGUGCGCCCAGGAGCAUUGGGGAACCCGAUCGAAUCGCCAAGUCGUCACGAUGACCGUGCAAAUUGGCAGCUCGAGUCAGGAAGGAGCGGAAUAUAUGGGAAGAAUUAGCAGUUCAGGCAGGCCGGCAGCAACGAGCGAGUCGGCCGUCGAGGAAUUGGAGAAGGUCCGGAUUGGAAGGGAUGGCGAAACGAAGUCUUGCGUGAUAUGUUUGGAUGAGAUUCGGGUCGGAUCCAAAGCGACCCGGAUGCCCUGUUUUCACGUCUACCACGGGGGUUGCAUCAGGAGUUGGCUCCGGAAGAGCCGAUUCUGCCCUCUCUGUCGCUUUCAGAUGCCUUCGUCCGUUGAGUUUCAGGAUUCGCUCUAG